AUGGAUUAAUAAAAAGCACCAAUAAUAUCUUUAGAGGCUAAGGUAUCUGCAAUUGAAUGUCCAGCGUUCAAUUUACUAGAUGAGAAAAGCAAGCAUUAUGCCUACUAUUUCACAAGAGCUUGUUGGGCAGGUGCAAAGAUUUGUUACUUUUAAAGAUCAUAUGAGGCGCCAGGAUUAUUUUAUUUGUUGUAAAAGAUAUUUUAGAAGGAAUCAACAACAGAAGUUAGGGAUAAGUUGUUGGCCAAUGAAUUCACUGAAAACUAGGUUCAAUAAUUAUAUACCUAUAUCUCUGCAUUUUUCUAAAAUUGUGGAAAUUACCUAAGCUUUGGAGACUCAAAGUUCGUUCCUGAAUUACCUGUAGAAAAAUUCCAAUAAUUCUUACAAUUAUCAAAGGCAUAUUAAGAACAAUAGGAUGAGUUUACAAAAAUAUGGAAUUUAAUAGAAAAAUAUAUUUAUUCAUAUGAGAAACCAUAUGGAUUAUUGGAUUUACUUGAGAAGGGAGGAUCUAAUUCUUAUUACUCUCCAAACUUGAGUAAGGAAUUUAUAGAGGAAUUGGAUUAAUUCUUGCAUAAACAAAACUUAAGUGAAUUGAAUACUAGAGUGAUUUUGAAGGAGGACAGAGUGGAAUUAUUGGUAGCUUCAUCAGAGAGAUCAGAUGUCGUUGAAUUGGGUGAAGUGAAAGGAAAGAAAGUAUUCGCUAUCUAUGGUGACUUUAAAUCUUUCUUGAAUGGAGUGGCCACUAAUUUAAGAGAGGCACAGAAGUAUGCUGCCAAUGAGACUUAAGUUAAGAUGUUGGAGGAAUACAUUAAACAUUUCUAGAGUGGAGACAUUGAGUAACAUAAGGAGAGUUAGAAACAUUGGAUUCAAGACAAGGGACCAAUUAUUGAGACAAAUAUUGGUUUUAUUGAAACCUACUUAGACCCAAUGAAGGUGAGAGCAGAAUAUGAAGGAUUUGUAUCCAUUGUGAAUUAGGAGGAAUCCAAGUUGCUUGGAAAUUUAGUUGAAAAGGCAGAAGAUAUAAUCAAGGAUUUGCCUUGGCCAAAGGAGUUUGAAAUUGAAAAGUUCAGCAGACCUGACUUUACUUCAUUAGAAAUAUUGGCAUUUGCUUGUUCUGGCACACCAGUUGGAAUCAACAUACCUAAUUAUGAUGACAUUAGAUAGAAUUUAGGAUUCAAGAAUGUUAACUUAGGAAAUGUCUAUGGAAAACCAAAUAGAGAUUCAGUUAGAUUCUUAUAGGGAACAGACAUCGACUUGUUCAUUAACUAUUACAAAGAAUCCUUGUUUGUCGUCGUUGCAUUACAUGAGUUGAUUGGACAUGGAAGUGGCAAGAUCUUUAUGGAAGACAAAGAUGGAAAAUUGAAUUUUGAGAAUGUUACCAAUCCAUUCACCAAUGAAAAAGUGACAACAUUUUACAAACCAAAUGAACAUUGGCAUGCUAAAUUUGGAGAAUUGUCAGGUGCCUAUGAAGAAUGCAGAGCUGAUAGUGUAGCCUUGUAUCUUAGUACCUAUGAUGAUGUAGUGUAAAUUCUAGUGCCUGGAAAAACAAAAGAAGAAAGAGAUGAAAUUGUCAAGGCUGCUUGGUUAGACAUCAUCAUGGGAGCAUUGAAAGGACUUCAAUAUUAUUCAGCUGAAUAAUCAAAAUGGGGAUAACCACACAUCUUGGCUUCCUAUGUGAUUCUGUAAUCAAUCAUAUAGAAGGACCCAUCUUUCGUUCAAUUUGUCCAUUCAGAAUUUAACAAUAAACCUUACUUUACUGUUUAAGUGGAUUACAGUAAAAUCUGGACUGUUGGCAAAGAAGCUAUUGCUGACCUCUUAAAAGGCUUAUAAGUCUAUAAGUCAGUAGCUGAUGGAGAGAAUGGCAUGAAAUUCUUCAAUAAAUUCACUCAAGUCGAUCAAAAGUUCCUUUAACUCAGAGAAAUCGUUUUGGCUCACAAAUAACCAAGAAAGAUUGAGCUAUAACCAGAUGUUAAAUUAAAUAAUGGAUAAGUAGAACUAGUAGUCUUCCCAGAAUCACAUGAAGGUGUUAUUCAAUCACAUAUAUUCCAUUAUUAAUAGGAUGUUGAGGAUGUUAAGCAAGAGUUUUUGGAUAGAUAAUAAUAUUUUAAGAAUUGA